AUCUGCGCUAUGAGCACCUGCUCGAUUGCGCGCUGGCUGAGACAGAUCGGACUGCCGCAGUACACCAGCGCGCUGGAGAAACACUACUACGGCCUCGAGGGUCUCCUAUUAGUAACAGAAGAUGAUCUUAGACUGAUGGGAGUUGAAGAUCCAGAACACAGAACAACCAUCAUAAUGCAACUACAGAAACAGCAGCAGAGAAUACAGCCUGAGAAAGAGAAUAACUCUGCAGUAAUGACCGGCACUAUGAGUCAUAAGCUCUCUCUGGCCUCGUCGCUUGACCUGGUCAAACCCUCCCAUGACCUCUUCCGUCACAGCAUUGUGCCACGACUGCGUCGCCGUGACAACCACAGAGUCUCCGCCUCCUGCCUCCAGCUCUCACUGCAUACCUGUGAUGAAGACCACGCCCCCUCCAGCAAACACAAUCUCAGCAGGAGGAAGAGUGUGACGGCCUUCAUCAGUCAGGUGUUCUCAGGCCUGAAGGACAUGGACUCUCUGAAGAAGGAGCUGGAGGAGGAACUCAAACUCAGCACUGAGGAUCUGAGGAGUCACGCCUGGUAUCACGGACCGCUGCAGCGCGAGGGAGCGGAGCAGCUGUUGUGUAGAGACGGGGAGUUCCUGGUGCGUGACUCCAGCUCCAGCGCGGGUGAAUACGUCCUGAGCUGCAUGUGGAAAAAUCAACCCAUGCACUUCAAAAUCAUACGUGUCGUGCUGCGACCCAAACAGGGCUACACCCGGGAGCUCUUUCAGUUUGAGAACGAUCAGUUCGAUAACAUUCCAGCGUUAAUUCGCUUUCAUGUCGGCGGACGGCGUCCCGUCUCACAUUCCACCGGUGCCAUCAUCUUUCAGCCAAUCACACGCACCCUGCCUCUACGCAUCAUCAGCGAUCGCCAGUCUGCAAGGUCGUCAAGCUCCUCCCUCCUGUCACGAGGUCAGAGCAAGAGGCGGAGCCUGAGCUCCUCUCAGAAAGACACACUGCAGCUCAACAGCAACAACCUGCUCAGGAGCGGCAGUCAGCCUGCUAAUCUGGAGACAGUGGGCAGACCGUCUCUACAGUCCGCACAAUCUGACAGCAACCUCCGCACAGGUGUCCCUCAGAGCUGUCCAUCACAGGAGUCCAGCCCCGCCCCUAUAUCCCCAGUGUUCCGCACAGGAAGUGAGCCCGUUCUCAGCCCAGCUGCUUCCUGUGCCGCUCCGCCCAGCCACUCGAGUCUCAGCGGCUCUCCUCUGCAUGGCUCUGAUGGACAGCUGCAUUCUCGAGCGCCUCCCAAACCGCUGCGGAUCUCCAUCGUCUUCACCCCGACUCAAUCCCAGUCCGGGGCGGAGUCUGAUCCUGGCGGCCUCUACAGUGAGCUGGUGCCACAGGUCCCCGUCAGCAUGUUACCCAAAGGUCACGCGGCGCGUCUCCGUGCUCAGGAGCGAUGGACCAGCCGCGUGCGUCUCACCGAGACCAGCUUUGGUUUCCUGGAGGAGGAGCACAGGGAGAGCGAGAGGAUCGAGGAGGCGGAGCGCGAGUGGCGUUUCGAGUGGCCGCAGACUGAGACCACAUCAUGUUUCCGUCUGGAUGAGUUCCGCUCGCUCCUGCUGCCGGACAACAACCGUCCGCUGGAUCAGAGUGUCCUGCUGAAGGUCAAAGAGCUGCUGACGCGCACCGACGCCAGGACCAUCGCGCUGCACAUGCUCAGCGUAAACUGUCAGGUGGCUCGGGUCACAGGUGUGACGGUGGAGCAGAAGAGGAUCAUGGGAGUGGAAACCGGUCUAGAGCUGAUCACGCUGCCACACGGAGGCCAGCUCAGACAGGACCUGCUGGAGAGGCAUCACUCUCUGGCUCUGGGCGUGGCGGUGGAUCUUCUGGGCUGCUCGGGGACCGUGGGUCAGCGAGCGACGGUGCUGCACAGGAUCAUCCAGCUGGCGCAGGAGCUGCGCAACACCACGCAUGACCUGUACGCCUUCUCUGCCAUCAUGAAAGCGCUGGAGCUGCCGCAGGUGGUGAGGUUGGAGAUGACGUGGAGAGCGCUGAGACGCAGUCACACCGACAGCGCCGUGACGUUUGAGAAGAGUCUCAAACCCUUCAUGAAAUCCCUGAAUGAGGGUGAAGAUGCCGUGGUGUCGGGGCCGCUGUCUCUGCCGCACAUGGAGCCGCUGCUGAAGCUGAUGGAGGGCGAGGACAGCGUGGAGUCCACCGACAGAGGCUGCCAGCUGCUCUACAACCUGCUGCAGUCGGCACGCAACGCCGCGCUACACGCUAACGACUGCACGCUACACGCUCACGGCCUGCUCUCCGCCGGAUGGGAGCCAAUCCCGGAGCUGCUGGAGGUGUUUCAGACAGAGUUUGCCCUUCGGCUCUUCUGGGGACAAACGGGCGCCAAGGCCGACCGUAAGGAGCGCUACGCCAAAUUCGACAGGAUCCUCACGGUCCUCUCCAACAAACUGGAACCGGACGGGAGCUCUGAGCUUUGACCUCUGCUGGCGGUUGAUGAUAUGUCCUUCUGAACAUUCCCACAUCUGAGUUUAAUAUUCCUGUCAUUUAUUGUGUACAGUAAAUGUUAAAAAGACCAAAAAGGCUCUCCAAGCUAAAGCACAAUGAAAUGAUAAAGGA